AUGUUCUUGUUUGCUUCAGGUAGACCCAUCGCUUGUCGCUCUUACACUCUCCUAAAGCGUUCUUACACCAACCUCUCGGUUCAACAGCUUCAAGCUCUUCUUGGCAAAAAUGAAUCAAAUCCUAGAAUCAUCCACCAGCUCCAUUCUCACUUCAUCACUGCUGGUCUUCUUCUCAUUCAUCAGAAGCGAAACUCUGGGAAGCUUCUCCUUUUCAAUCCUCUGCUUCGAUGUUAUUCUCUUGGCGAAACUCCUCUUCGUGCUUACUUACUCUACGACCAACUCCAACAGCUUCACUUCUUCUCUGAUCACGAGAAGAGACUUCCUCCUUUCGAUAGCUUCACUUACCUCUUUCUCAUCAAAGCAACUUCGAAUCCUCGGUUCCUGUAUCCAAUGCUAGGGAUUGGAAUUCAUGGUUUGACGCUAAAAUUGGGGUUUGAGUUUAAUGUCUACGUUCAGACAGCUUUGGUUGGAAUGUAUCUUGUUGUCGGAAAUAGAGUUGAUGCUUACAAAGUGUUCGACGAAAUGCCUGAGAGAAGUUCUGUAACUUGGAAU